AUGAUUAAGAAGUUGAUUGAUGCUGAAGACCUCAAAGAGUACGUCCAUCUCCCAGAACUGGCUCAAAGGAACCAUCGCAGCAAGACCGUACACUUACCUGAGAGUGAUAAAAUGAUCAACACCAUCUCCCAUUCCGAGCAUUCAGGAUCUUCGUUGACGAGUCAAAUAAGCAAAAGAUUAAGAAGGCAAUUUGAAUCUCAUGAGAUAUACAAGAUCGACGGAAAAGAAGUUGAAGAGCACGAAGAAUGGAUGAACGUAGCGCUGACCUUUUUUGCCGAUGACGUGGACGAAGAUAUGGAGGAUCACAACGACCCCCUAGUUCUUACUUUUCCAGUCUCAGGAUGGAAUAUAAAGAAGAUAUUUAUUUACGGUGGAAGCUCAGUUAACGUUCUGGUCUAUGACACUUUCAAACGGAUGAAGCUGAACGACGAACAUUUGAUGUUUUCUUACUACAUCAUCUAUGGGUUCAAUAGAGAGGUAUCAAAACCCUUGGAAGACAUUAUUCUUAAAGUCAAGGAAGGCCCCAUGAAGUUAAGCACCAGAUUCAGUGUAGUUGAUGCACCAUCUCCAUACAAUGUAAUCAUUGGACGACGAUGGGUACACCUACUUAAAGGGGUAGCAGCGACGUAUCACCAAUAUCUCAGAUUCCCAACCCGGAAGGAGAAAUGGAGAUCAAAGGAGACCAAGUUACCGCAACAGAGCGCCAGAUCCAAGAUACCAAGCUCAACAUGA